GGAGCGCCCGAGCAGUGGGGAAGCCACCAGUGGUAGAGCUGGCAAAAAGACGGAAAGGAGGGAAAGACAGAUAGGCGAGAGACAGACAGGAGACAGGAGACACACAGCACGAGACAGGAGGACAAGCCCCGAAAGAAACAGAGCGUCUGACCUCGGCUGACCGUCAGUGACGUUACCAAACGUCACUUUGAGGUCUGACAGCAGCGGAAUAACUGAGGAGGAGAUGUGACUGGCCUUUCUUCUUCUUCUCCUCCUCCUCACACGGAGCUAAUUUCACAACCGAGGGGCAGCAGUGUGAACACAGCCGCAGUGAUCCCUUCAUCUCAGGCCUUGUGGAUUUACUCUCUGCCUUCAUCUAAAAGGGGUGCCCUAUUGAUUCCUGCUUUCUAACAAAGCCCAUUGAUUACAGCGAGGGUGCCGGAAAGGCCUUGAUCACAGCUAUGUCAACACUGCGUCAGGAUAAUUCAGAAAGUCAAGAAGGACUACUAUAGAAGAGUGACCGCAGUUUGUUCCAUCCUACACUUUUUGCUUAUACUGAUCUUUUGUGUACUUCUGAGCAUGUAUUUUUGAUUUGCCUGAUUUAUUCAUUUGAAUCAGACCCUCUUUCAUCACUACAGUACACACACCAUAUUCAGUUACCAUGUACGGUAGCUCCCGUUCCGUCUCAAAGCUGGACGUUGUUGGAUCCAAUGGUAACGGCUCAGCGUCUGGGAGCCCCGGUCGCUCUCCACGCCUCCCCCGCUCCCCACGCCUCGGACACAGGCGAAACAGCAGCAGCAGCUCCACCGGCGGACUCACUGGCUCCGGUAAAACCCUGUCCAUGGAGAAUAUUCAGUCUCUAAAUGCUGCCUACGCUACAGGCGGUCCCAUGUACUUCGCUGACACAAUUGAUGACCCGAUCGGCAUCGGGAGCCUCGGCAGUGGGCUGAAUCCACAGCUGCCCAAAAGCACCAUGACCCUCGGCAGGGCUGGGGCCAGGGUUCCCUAUGGGGUCAGAGCGGCCGUCAUGGGGAGCAGUCCGAAUAUUAACACUGGAGGAGGAGUGGGAGGUGCUGCCAUGCCCAGUGAUGCAAUAGCAUUUGGUGGGGAGCUGCAAAACCAGAUUGCACAGGCAGCGACUGUCCCCCAUUCCAUGAGACAGGUGAGAGACGGCGCAAUGUCAGAUCUGCAGACACAGCUAAGAGAAGUGCUGAGAGAGAACGAGCUGCUACGCAGAGAACUGGAGGCCAAAGAGUCCAAGUUGAGCUCCUCUAUGAACUCCAUAAAGACGUUUUGGAGUCCGGAGCUGAAGAAAGAGAGGGCGCUGAGGAAGGACGAAGCCACGAAGAUGGCCGUGUGGAAGGAGCAGUACAGAGUGGUGCAGGAGGAAACACAGCAUUUGCAGUGCACCAUCCAGGCUCUACAAGAUGAGCUCAGAAUCCAGCGAGACCUCAACCAGCUCUUCCAGUCCGAUUACUCAGAGUCCGGUCUCUUGGGAAACCAGCCCAUCCCCCCUCAGGAAAUGACAGAGGAGAACUUCCUGCGUCUCCAUGGCGAGUACGAGCGCCAGGUGAAAGAGCUCUUCCUCCUGAGGAAGACUGUGGAAGAAAUGGAGCUGAGGAUAGACACACAGAAACACACACUGACUGCCAGGGAUGAAUCCAUAAAGAAGUUACUGGAAAUGUUGCAGAGCAAAGGCCUGUCGUCACGGGCAACUGAAGAAGACCAUGAACGAACGAGGCGACUGGCCGACGCUGAGAUGACUAUCCACCAACUGGAGGGCCUACUGGAGCAAAAAGACAAGGAGAUGCUACAACUCAGAGAGGAGCUGCACAGGAGAUACGAAGCAGCUCCAGAAUCAACGAAGACCAAGGCCUUGCAGACAGUCAUCGAAAUGAAGGAUGCAAAGAUCAGCUCGAUGGAGCGCGGCAUAAGAGAGCUGGAGGAGGAGGUGAACAUGCUCAAGUCCAACGGAGCUCUGAGCAGCGAGGAGAGGGAGGAGGAGAUCAAACAGAUGGAGGUCUACAGAUCCCACUCCAAGUUCAUGAAGAACAAGGUUGAGCAGCUGAAGGAAGAGCUCACUCACAGCCAGUCAGAGAAGGAGGAGCUAAGGCAGCGAGCCAAUGAGCUUCAGCGGGAGGUGUCCGCAAUGGAGCAGGUAAAGCAGGAUCUGAGUCGUAAGGACAGCGAGCUGCUGGCGUUCAGGACCAAACUGGAGACUCUGAACAAUCAGUUUUCUGACAGUAAACAACACGUGGACGUCCUGAAGGAGUCACUCACUGCCAAGGAACAGAGAGCCGCUAUACUGCAGACUGAGGUGGAUGCGCUGCGUCUCCGUUUAGAGGAAAAGGAAUCCCUCCUGGCUAAAAAGAGUCAGCAGAUCUCAGAGCUGACGGAAGAGAAGAGCACUCAGAAUGGAGAGAUCAGCGACCUCAAAGACAUGCUGGACGUCAAGGAGCGCAAAGUGAAUGUGCUGCAGAAGAAGAUAGAGAACCUCCAGGAUCAGCUGAGGGAUAAAGAGAAACAGCUGGGCGGCCUGAAAGACAGAGUCAAGUCUUUACAGACAGACACCUCCAACACCGACACAGCACUGGGAACACUGGAGGAGGCUCUGGCUGAGAAGGAGCGAAUCAUCGAGCGGUUGAAGGAGCAGCGGGAGAGAGAGGAGAAAGAAAAAGGGGAUGAGAUGGAGUCCAGCAAGAAGGAGCUGAAGGAGUUGAGGGAGAAAGUCUCCCAGCUGCAGGCUGACUUGGCUGACCGUGAGACUUCUGUGUUGGAUCUGAAGGAGAAAGCUUCCUCUCUGGCUUCCUCCACCCUGAAGAAGGACAACAGGCUGAAGAGUCUGGAGAUCACCCUGGAGCAGAAGAGAGAGGAAUGCGUCAAGCUCGAGAACCAGCUCAAGAAGGCUCAGAGUGCAGCGGCAGAUUCCCAGGCCAGCGCUGAACUCUCCGAACAGAUCUCCACCCUGGAGCAGGAAGUGACCCGGCACAAAGAGGAUGCUGGGAAAGCCCAGUCCGAGGUGGAACGACUUCUGGAGAUCCUGAGGGAGAUGGAGAACGAAAAGAACGACAAGGAGAGAAAGAUCCACGAAUUGGAGAGGCAGAUGAAGGACCAGUCGAAGAAGGUGGCCAACCUGAAACACAAGGAGCAGCUGGAGAAGAGCAGGAACGCCCAGCUGAUGGAGGAUGCCAAGAAGAGAGAGGACAAUCUGAACGAAAGCUCCCAGCAGAUAAAGGACUCCCUCCGUCAGAAGGAAGAGCGCAUUGAGGAGCUGGAGGAGGCGCUGAGGGAAAGCGUUCAGAUCACAGCGGAGAGGGAGGUGGUGCUUGCCCAGGAGGAGCAGGCACGCACGCAGUCGGAGAAACAGGUGGAGGACCUGCUGGUUGCCAUGGAGAAGGUGAAACAGGAACUGGAGGUGAUGAAAGCCAAGCUGUCAUCGACUCAACUCUCACUGGCCGAGAAGGAAGGUCACCUGACCGCACUGCGGGCCGAGAGGCGGAAACACCUGGAGGAGGUCCUGGAGAUGAAGCAAGAGGCGCUGCUGGCAGCCAUAAGUGAGAAAGACGCCAACAUCGCCCUUCUGGAGCUCUCCUCAUCCAAGAAGAAGAAAACCCAGGAAGAAGUAGCAGCUCUGAAGAGGGAGAAGGACGGUCUGGUUCAUCAGCUCAAACAGCAGACUCAAAACCGGAUGAAGCUGAUGGCCGACAACUACGAGGACGACCACCUGAAGGUCUCCUCUCCAAACUCAGAGCAGCCCAACAAUCACAAGCCCUCCCCAGACCAGAUUCUCUCUCCUCUCCUGGAUCUCAAUCAGAAUCGCAGUAAACUGAAGCUGUAUAUCAGUCACCUGACCUCACUGUGUCAGGAGCGAGACCCAAUCAUACUGCAGGACUUUGCCCCGCCCCCCGCCUAUCACCGCUCUGACUCCGCCUCCUGGCAAACGCAGCUGCACAGCAUGACGCAGGAACAGUUGGAGGCAGAGUUAGCGCUGUGUGAGAGGGAGGGGGCGGAGCUCCAGGAGUACGCCAAUCAAGUCCUGCAGCAGAUCGCCGACCGAUGCCCCGACAUUUUGGAACAAGUGGUCAACGCUCUGGAGGACAGCUGCUGACACAAGAGCGCACACACACACUGACAGAAACAAACAUACAGUCAUUAGUUUGCACGCAAAGUCAGAAAGCACGCCAACACACAUGGGAGCAUCGGAGGUCUCCAGCAAGCCACCAUAACCUUCUGAUACAUGAGUAAAAUCACAGGAUGAAGACUUUCUCUGCCACUCUCAUUCAUACAGAAACAUAUUCUUUCACCAUGUCUUUAGUCGCUAUCAUUUCAAACUAACGGUGCCAUCUGAGGGAAAUAUUCUUCAUCUUUCAAAGUGCUUUGUUGGCAUGUUAAUUGGAAGUAGUUGAUGUUUUUGAGAUGUAUUUUCCUAACUGCUCGGAAACAGAAGGAGCCGUCACUGCACUCGCCAUCUGUGACACUUCACAGCCGCCAUCUUGUGUCCUCGCAGGCAAUCAGCAGACUUGUAAUCGUGACUUGCUGUAUUUUACCAAGGGAUGGAAAUUAUUUUCAAACUGUCUGAACAGGGUGAAAGUGAGCGGUGCUUGCCAGGUUUGUUUCUGAUGCCAGACUUACACACUGUUACCACAUUGUUAUUUGAUUGGUUCAGAUACAAAAGUGUGUUUAUUUCAGCUGCCUUUGAUUCUUUACAUCAUUUGCUGCUAUCUUUUAAACUUUUUUCUCCAUUUCUUUUUUUUUCUUUUUUUUUUUUUU